ACUGCCCUAAAGGUAAGAGUUGGUUAUUUUCUGAUGGCAGUAGCUGGACUCAACAGAAGCUGGUGAGCUUGUCUGUUCUUCCAUUUCUAAGCUACCCUCACCUAUUGCCAGAAGACAGGCUUGAUCAUUUGGAUCGUGCCCUGUCUAUCUGAAGUUUUCAGGGAACCAAACCAAUUCCCUCAAAGUCAUCAGAACCUGGAAAGCAGGCAGCAAACUCAGAGGGUCAGCCUCAAGACUCUGCAGGUGGAAUCUGUGGGAAACGACCCUGUUUCUAGAACCAAGAAUUCAUGUGGUGGAUAUGGCCAGGGCACACCAUGGAGAUGCUACUCUGCCAAGCAUCUUGGUCAACUUCAUCUUCCUGCAACUCCUGACUUCUGGAUAUGGAAAAUCAGAUUUCCGUGUCCUUGGACCUCCUGACCCACUUCUGGCCACAGUUGGGCAAGACAAAGAGUUGCCUUGCAAACUGUCACCCAACAUCAGCGCUGAGGGCAUGGAGCUGAGGUGGUACAGGGACAAGCCCUCGUCAGCUGUGCACGUGUACAAGAACGGGAAGGAUGUGUACGACGAACAGAUGACGGAAUAUAAGGGAAGGACCACGUUCAACGGCAACCGUGUGGCCAGGGGAGAGGCCGCCGUGAAGAUACACAAUGUCACCAUGUUUGAUAAUGGGACGUAUCACUGCGUCUUCAAGGAGCACACAUCCUACGACCAGGCCACACUGUGGCUGAAGGUGGCAGGGCGGGGCUCAUCCCCCAGAAUCCGUGUGACUAACACCCAGGACAAAGGCAUCCAGGCAGAGUGCACCUCAGCGGGCUGGUACCCAGAGCCCAAGGUGGAGUGGCUGGACCUCAAAGGACGACCAGUGCCUGCUGAAACUCACUUCUCAGUUUCAACCAGCACUGGCCUCCUGGCUGUGCUAUCCAUUGCGACUCCCCAGGACAGGGCUGUGGGGGGGCUGACUUGCUCCAUCUCCAAUCCCCUGCUCCCGGGGAAGGUGACUGAGACUUACCUGCUUGCCCCCCUAUCCAGAAGACUUCUGUCCACGGAAAUCGGACCAGCUCUGCCUUUGAUCCUCACGGCACUAGGGCUGGUCUCGGCAGCAAUCGCCUGUGCCUUUGGGAAAUGCCACACAGAAGAGCAAAAAACAAGUGAGGAGGAAGAAGAACCGGGAGCUGGGGAUGAAGAUGAGCUCUUUCAUGUGAGUCUGUCCCUGGACCCUGAAACCGCCAGUCCCAAACUCAUGGUGUCCGAAGAUCAGAAAAGCGUGAAGCGGCUGCUCUUUGACCUGGAUGUGUCCCCCAAUUCCAGGAGAUUUGACCAGGACCCCUGCAUCCUGGCUCAAGAGAGAUUUGAGGCAGGGAGACAUUACUGGGAAGUGGAGGUUGGGAAUAGGAGGGCCUGGAUUCUAGGUGUGUGUCUGGAGAGUUUGGUUCGGGAAGGAAGGAUCCCCAAGUCACCCCAGCAUGGCCUCUGGGCACUAGAGUUUUACAAGGAGAAACUCCAAGCCCUCUCUUACCCCAGGACUUGCCUGUCUCCUGCAGAGCCCCUCCGGCGGGUGGGCAUCCUCUUAGACUUUGAAGCAGGGGAAAUCUCCUUCCGUAAUUCAACCAAUGGCUCCCUGAUCUAUGUGUUCUCUGGGUUGUCCUUUUCUGGUCCUCUACAGCCAUUCUUCUGUCUCUGGACCCAUGACCCCAGACCCCUAACCAUCUGCUCAGUGGUCAGGGAGACCAAAGAAGACACAGGAGUCUCUGGAGGUCCUGACCUCCCUGGGGACUCCUGAGAUGUCCUUAAGAGAGAAAAGUGUCUGCCCUCUUGCGGCCCCUAGCUCCUGGUAUUAUUUAUCCCAUUCCUAUAUAAAGAUAUGACAAGACACCAGGGGCUGGAUAUGCUCCCUCUGCCAAACCCUGUGCCAGAUGCUGACACCGCCUGCCAGGGUCAGAGAUUUCUGAAGGUGUUGCAAUUUGGAGAUGAGGCACUGAAAAAUAUUGUGGUUACGGGGAUUCAUUGAUGUACCUUAACCCCAGAGAUCUGGUAUUCUUAUAAGAGGGGAGAGUAGGACUUGGAGAGAUGUCAGUCACUAGUCAAGGAGACCAGCAAUGCCCUGGUCCCAUAUUUGUAGCCCCUGGGACUUAGAAAGUGGUUCCUGCCAAGUGAUAAUCGUGUGAAUCUCCUGUGUUGAGUUUGUUAUGGCUGCCCUUUCUCAGUGAGGCAAACUAUACAGUCAGCACACCAGGGGGCAUUUUCGCCAUGCUCUUAGAGUCAUGUGUGCAGGUGUGUAUGUAUGUAUGUAUGUAUGUAUGUAUGUAUGUAUGUAUGCAUGUAUGCAUGUAUGUAUACAUGUAUGCAUGAAUGUAUGUAUGUAUGUAUGCAUGCAUGUAUGCAUGUAUGUAUGUAUGCAUGUAUGUAGAACGGCCAGCCCGGUGGUGGCUGUGUUGUGGUUGCAUAGCAAAUGGUAGUCUUACCCUUCCUUCUCACUCUCCCUCCACCUUGUCCAUCUCUCACGCACCCACUUCUUUUCUUUCCUCUCUCUCCUUCCCACCUUCUCUUUCCUUCUGUUCAAUGACUUUCUUAUUUUGAAUUGCGUAGAUGUGUGUAUUUGUGCAAAUGUGUGCAGUGCCCAGGAGGCCAGAGGGCAGCAUCCGAUCCCCUGGAACUGGAGUUAGAGAGGCUAUGAGCUGACAGUGGGUGCUGGGCACCAAACUCAGGUCUGACUGCAGAAGCAGUCAGGACCCUUAAUCCUAGAACCAUCUCCCCAGCCCCUCCCCUUCUCUCUUUUCUCUCUCCUCCAAUCUAUUUCUACCUAAAUCUCUCUCUCUUUCCCCAUAGCAGACUAGUUCAAGCCACACAAAGGCAAAGGUGUCAAGAUCCCUAAAGCUUUGGUCAGAGUCCACUGAGGACAGAAACCACAUCCACAUAUUGACAGAGAAAACAAACUAGAAGUGGGCUUUAAUGGGCACCUGAGAACACAGGAGCACAGACAGACGCUGGAACCUCGGCUGCCUGAGAACCUUCCACUCCAAGACUGCAGCCGUAAGGAGAAAAGAACCCAGGCAGCGGGGUGCUGUUUCACAGUGCUCGUUCCAUAGGGACUGAGAAAAUGCUGUCUGUCUGUCUGUCUGUCUGUCUGUCUGUCUGUCUGUCUGUCUAGUGCUGUAAAGCUGGUGGCCCCAAGAGAAAGAGUCACACUAUCCACCCAGACCCAACAUUUCCUCUUGCUGCUUGUUGCAAGUUCAAGCAGGGUGAUGGAUCUGUGUGGUGGUCAGGACCCCACUCCAGGGGGCCUGGGCUUUAGGUUAGGAGCUCUGGACUAAAAGCCACUAAUGACUCCUCCCUUUACAUUCUGGAGACCAGAAGUCUGAACUGAAGUGUUGUCAGGGUUGCCUUCUCCUGAAAGCAUGGGAAAAAUCUAAACCAGGCCUCCCCCUUAGUGUCUGGUGGAGUCCAGGCCUCCUUAGCUAGCAGGCACGCCACUGCAAAUGCUGCCCCUAUCUGUCAUGGGGCCAGCUCUUCCCUGUUUCUCCUCAACAUUUUUCUCUUAGCAAUCCAACUCACAGCCCAUGUUAGCACAGGCUGGCUCCACCCAGAGGUUUGGAACUUGAUUGCAUCUGCAAGGACCUUUUUCUCCAAAGGAUCCUGGUGUGAGAGGUCCUGACUCCCAGCUAUCUGGGGGGGGGGGGGGUUGAGGGAGAACACUCAACCUACUCCAUAGUGGGUUGGGGUUGACAGGCACUGGCCGAGUGGUGGGCACCCAUUUUGCAUUGGAAUGCCUCCUCAUAAUGAGGAGAUCAUGGUCCCUAAGGACUGUAGUAGUCUGUACAUGUGUAAGAGAGACAAGGUCUUCAGACCUUGAUCACCUAGUGUUUCGGGUUCACAGUCAAGAGCAGUUGUGGUGAGUCAGUGGAUUAGCAAGGAAAUGUCACAAGCACAGGUGGCCCCUGAGCUGGGCUUUGGAGAGAGGCUGGCAUUUAUAUGGAAAGGGAGAAGAGAUGGACUCAGUAAAAGACCCCUAGCCUCAUCACCUGCAUGUUACAGUUUUUCAACCUCGGGGUAAUAAUGUUUUAACUUUUUCCCCUUAUCAGUGAGAUACUUAUAUGUAACAAAUUUGCUAGAUUUAAAAAAUGUGUACAUCAGAGAGUCACCUGCCUCUGCCUCCUGAGCUCUGGAACUAAAGGCAUGGGCCACCACUGACUGGCUAGGGGAUGUUUUGGUCUUUUUUUUUUUUUUUUUAAGAUUUUUGUAUUUUAUUUAUGUGGGUGUUUUGUCUGUGUGCAUGUCUGUACACCAGGAGGCGACACAUGCCUUUAAUCUCAAAAGGCAGACAGAUUUCUGAGUUUGAUGCCAGCCUCGUUUGUAGAGUGAGUUCCAAGACAGGCAGGGCUACACAGGGAAACAAACAAAACCCAAAACUUUACGUGUCUGUCUCUCUCAUGUGUGUGUGCGUGUGUGUGCGUGUGCAUGUGUGUGUGCAUGUGCCUGUGGAAGCCAGCACACUGAAGCUUGCAGCUACAGGUAAGGCAUUUAUGAACGGCCCGCCAUGGCUGCUGGAGUCAGCACUCCUGUGCUUACGAUGGUGCAGUAGGUGCUCCUAAUUGCUGAACCAUCUCUCCAGCUCCAGGCGCUCUUGUUUGAAGGGUGUAGCAUGGGGAACAGAAUGUACAGUCACAUGGUAGCACGAUCAAGAGUUCGGAGUCUUUCUCCCUAAAAGUUCCCUUGGACCUGCUGGAACUUGAUCCCCACGUACGACUCCACCCUAGCCUAGGCACUGACCCUGUAGAUUGUGUGUUUGUUUUGAUUUUUCCCUUUCUCCUCGUUGGACUUCAUUUGAAGUCAGUCCUUUUAAGCUGUGGAGUAUUACUGAUACCACUGAGUUGAGAACGUUCAUUUUCUCUUGUUCUACGUGAUGCGGCUCCGAAAUGAUCCCUUUUCGCCUGUUCUGGAAUUUAAAAUAAGUGUAAUCAUACUAUCAUUAAAAAAAUUAAAAA